UGAUAAAACGGUGCAUGCGUGCGUUCCUCAAAUACUCGUUUUCUUCCCCUCUUCCAUUUUCAUCGCUCCAGUCUUUGUUGUUGGAGCCAAACCCUAAAAAAACCAGGAAAGGCCAUGGUUGCAACCCAAUUAUAUUGGUCAAGCUGAUUGAAUUCGAUUACUUUAAAUUAAGGAAAAGCCCAUGUUUUGUUUUUGAAACACCCAUAGCCAUUCUUUCAGCUCCUAUUUCAGUCUUAUUUAGCAACUCAAGUUCUCCUUCAGAAUAAAGCAGCUAUCCACAGCCUGGUUCCUUCACAAUGAGUAAUUGCAACGUGACUAAAUUUUGUGCCAUUCACCGUAAAGCAGUGGUUCCUUUGUCCAUGAGCAGAAGGUGGAGAAAUGGAUAUCCAAGAACCCUUUCCACCGGCAUUGUAACACAUACCUCUCCAGCCACCCGGCUUAUUGUUCGUUCUCCAUCAUCACUAGUGCUAGCUAUCAACCUCACCCCAUUUGAUGCACCUCAACGCUCAGAUGAAUGGUUUGCCCUUCGUAAGAACAAGUUGACCACAAGCACCUUCAGUACUGCUUUGGGUUUUUGGAAAGGAAAGCGCCGCUCUGAGCUCUGGCAUGAAAAAGUAUUUGCAUCAGAAACGCAGGUUAUAGAAUCUUCUAAGAAGUGUGCUAUGGAGUGGGGUGUGCUCAAUGAAGCAGCAGCUAUUGAGCGGUACAGAAGUAUUACGGGUCGUGAGGUUAGCUCAUUAGGUUUUGCUAUCCAUUCGAAGGAGCAGUUUGAUUGGCUCGGUGCAUCCCCAGAUGGUCUUCUUGGUUGCUUUCCAGGAGGUGGCAUCCUGGAAGUGAAGUGUCCAUACAACAAAGGCAAACCUGAGACUGCUCUGCCAUGGUCAACUAUGCCAUUCUAUUACAUGCCUCAGGUUCAGGGUCAAAUGGAGAUAAUGGACAGGGAAUGGGUUGAUUUGUAUUGCUGGACCCCAAAUGGAAGUACAAUAUUCCGUGUGCAUAGAGAACGCAGUUAUUGGGAUCUUAUACAUGGCAUUUUACGAGAAUUUUGGUGGGGAAAUGUAUUACCUGCUAGGGAGGCCCUUUUGUUGGGUAAGGAAGAGGAGGCUAAGGCGUAUGAGCCUGCAUCUACUCACAAGCAGACAGGUCUUGCAAUUUCUAAGAGCAUAAAGUUAGCUAGUGAAGCAAAGAUGUUAUGUAGGGAGAUUGCAGGUCAUAUUGAAUUUUAUAGAUGAUGGUCCUAAAUUGUUAUUAAUUUUACCCCGUGUAUUUGGGGAUCGGCAUUCCUGUGGCAACUGUAUACUUAUAAUUCCAUUGAGCCAUGAUUCCUCAUAGAUUGUAAAUGGUUUAGUUCUGAUCUACAUGUAGUCCAUAAAGUUUUCGCAAUUUGGUUCCGGGUAACACAUUCAGGAGUAAAAAUAGACCAGUGUUAUUGUUUCA